AUGAACAGUCCUCCCGACGACACAGACUCCCUGCGGGACUUCAACCGUCGGUCCCCAAGCCCCUCCCGCUCCCUCAGCGACCUCUCGAGCGACGGCCACUUCGACGACGAGAGGUGUCUCCGUCCAGCACCACACCACCACCUGUCCGUUUCCGAGAUCGAAUCAACAGGUGGAUUCUCACCACCGGCAUGGCGCCGGAACCACGACAGCGCCGCUCGCAGCAACAACGAGAAUCGGACAGGGCCAGAUGAGCACCGCCCGCCCAUGAUGCUUGAUUUGUCCAAUGGGUUCGAGGUGCAGGAUCACGCUGAGCAUAGCGACCGGGUGCUGGCCCACGCCGCGGCCGUGAGACUGCCCAGAGCGAGUCACAGUCCUGCGAUGACCAGACAAUCAUCGCCAGAGAUCUCUAGAUCGGAUCCGAGGGAGGUGCCGCCAUUGGCAGAAACGGACAAUGAGACCUACAUGCGUUUCGCCUGGCGGGCAGAGGUGACACAACGCACCGGACCCAUCGACACACUCGUCAACAUGGUCCGAACGCCAUACCGCGCCGCUACGCGGACGAGGGUAUCGACGAUGACCUCGAUCCUCGUGGCCAUUCUCAGCAUUACCUUCCUCAAAAUCGUCCUCUCCCCCGUCAAGUCCCGACCGGCCGGCGACCUCGUCAAAAUCGCGGGGAUCGCUCGCUCUUUUGAGCCCCUCAUCUACUACUCGGAGCACGCCAACGUCCAGGCACAGGGCCUGCUGUCCACGAGCAUGGCUGUCGUGGAUCUGAGCGAGUCGCUGCGCAGGAGCACCAUGGAUUAUGCGCCCAGGCUGGUCGUCACUCUGGACAGUUUGAGUGAAGAUCUCAGGAUGCUCGCGGUUGAGGUGACCAGGUUCUUGACCACGGUCGACAGCGACAUGGACGGCAUCCUCAGUGUCAUGGACUGGUCCAAGAUGCACCUCAGCCGGUUCCAGAGCAACAAGCACCAGGGCCUGCUAUCGUCCGCCUACGACAACGUCUACGACGCUCUGUCGUCCGCGCACAUCCUCGAAGACGACGCAGGCCACCAGACCUCGGCGGGCGCCGUCACAACAUACAUCUUUGGAUUCCCCGAGGCAAAGCGCGAGCAGCGGCUUAUCCAGCAUAUGUUUGACGAGUUCAUCACCGUGCUCGACGAGUCAAUCACGAGCGAGCUGGAGCAGUCCCUCAGCCUGUUCCAGCUCUACGACGCCGUCGACAAGAACAUGGCCAACGUCGGCCGCACCGUCGCCCAGGAGUCCAGCGCCCAGGACCACCUCCACAACGACGCCCUCUCCGGCCUGUGGGCGCGCAUCCUCGGUCCCAACGCGGCCGACAUUUCAAAGUACGAGAAAAACCACCGCCUCCUGACCAAUGUGCGCGCCAGCACGAACCAGAACCGCGCCCUGCUGGAACACCACAAGACCCAGCUCCUGAGCCUCCAGCAGUCGCUGAAUCGACUACGGGGCCACCUGGUGUCGCCAAGGAUGAGGGGGGCCAACCAGACGGUCCUCACCUUGCAAGACCAGAUACAAGGCAUAGACGAUGUGAACAGGUAUCUCACGGACAUCAGGCUGAAGCAGAAGUCGAGGGUCAUGGAGAACUUGUAUGCGCGGAUGCCGAGCCAGGCGACUCACAUGGGAUGGGAUGUCCAUGAGAGGAGGGACGAACUAACCAACUAG